ACUCAAACAGCAAUAAUGGAACCCACUCAGAACUACCAAAGCAUGUUCGAAAUUCCCAAACAGAGCAAGGAAAGUACCAAUCAGAGGAUCCUAAAAUUCCUUAACAUGCUGAAGGAGGACAAACCGAUGAGGGUAAACGAGAUCAAGAAAUACUUCUCAGGCCCUAGUGUCCAGAUCUACACUCCAAAAAUAAAUGUCACCAUUAAAACCAAAAACAAGACUUCAAAGUAACAAGAUUCCUACGGAACGAUUCAAGUGUCACUCCAUUGAAAGCCAUAGGAAUAGUUUGCAGUACAACCUUAUUGGGAAGCCAAGAUUCUCUAUCACAAAUAGGCUUUCUCGUAGGGCUUCUAACGACUCUUCUGUCAAAGGCACUCACAGGUACACAAGCAAGUAUUUGACCCCAGAGAAGUGUAAUAAAGCCAGUCAGGCCAUUAAUCUCUCGGUCUCAAAUUCCUCAUUGCCGAACAAGAGCAUCUUUCAUGACAACAACCAGGAUUAAAA